UCAGGUGUUACUCUGUGGAACAAGAAAUCCAUAAAUGACAAUUUGGACUCCCAUCCUCAGCCCAGGACCGAUUUGAAGGUCUGCGGCUCUGAUUCCUUAUCUGAUAAGUGUAAUUUAAUGGAUAUAAGUGCUUCCCUGAAAGCCAGCUUCUUUGGCGGGCUGGUGGAAGUGGGAGGAUCUGCCAAAUACCUGCAUGACACCAAAACCUCAAACCAACAGUCAAGAGUAACAAUGUAUUACAGUGAAACAACCAGAUUUGACCAGCUCAUCAUCAGUCAGCUGCAGGAUUUCACCUACCAGCAAGUGUUUAAGCAGAAAACUGCAACUCAUGUGAUCACGGCUGUACUGUACGGAGCCCAGGCAUUCAUGGUGUUCGACAGGACAUUAUCAACAAAUGAGAAUACCCAGGAGAUUAAUGGAGAAUUAGAUGUAAUGAUCAAAAAGUUCCCCUCAUUUUCCAUUGAGGGAAAAGGAUCUGUAGAGAUGACAGACAGUGACAAGAACAAAGCCGAGAAGAUAUCCUGCACUUUUCAUGGGGACUUCCAUCUUGAGCAAAACCCCACCUCAUACAUGGAGGCGCUGGAUACAUACCAGAAGCUGCCCACACUGCUGAAGGAGAAUCCCCAGAAUGCAGUUCCAAUUAAAGUCUGGCUAUAUCCCCUUCAUCUACUAAAUGAUAACGUAGCCAAGCUGGAGAGAGAAAUCCGCUCAAGUCUAGUUUCCAACACUGUAGAAAUAAUUGAGAAACUGAAUGAAGUCAACAGGGUUUCCUGUGACCUGUCCAAAAAUACCCUCACAAAUGAUUUCAGUGACAUCCAAGAGAGGCUUUGCUCAUUUAAGGAGUCAGUUGGCAUCUACAAGACGGUGUUCCAGAAAGCAGUGGCCAGGGUCUUGCCUGAUAUUCGAGGGGGGGUAAAGGAGGAGGAAUCCCUUGCAGAUAUCCUGAAGAUCCACCAUGACUCCCCUUUUAAUGCAGAGAAGCUUAACCAGUGGUUAAAGGAUGCAAAUUCUGAACUUAACCUCCUGAGCUCAUAUCUCAAGACGCUUGAUAAGAUCAAACUUGAAGAUUCAGAUGGUCUCAACACUAUCCUUCUUGAUCCUGAUAUCGAUGUUGUGGUUUGCUUGACCAUCACAUCUUUGAGCUAUGAAGACCCUGAUCUCGAAAAACAGCAGGAGUUUCUGAAAUCUGACCAGUUUAAACAGUUAGAUAAAGUAAACUACCUUAAAGCAGUGGAACCUGUCAGAAAGUGGUUUAACAAUCCUGAUGCCAUCAGACAGAUGAGACAGAGCUUAACUCAAUUUAAGGGGUUUUCAGAGGCUAAUAAAGAUGAUAAGAGAAUGCGCUUCAUUGUUUCUGCCAUCUCAGACAGCUCCAAUCCAGUCUCUUCCAUCUAUCUGUAUGAAAAAGGAGAACUGAAAGACACAAAGUUCCAGUUGCCAUCCAAACCGCCUCCACCAAUAGUGAAGGAUGUCCAGGACAAAACUGUGUCCCUGAAACUGCAGAACCCUUGGACUGGAGAAACAGUGAAGUACAGAGUCGAGUACAAGGAGUCAAACGCUGAUUCUGCUGCUGAAGAGAAUUGGCUUGUCAUAGACACACGUGAUAAAGACUUUACUCUGAAUGAAUUGGAGCCUGAAAAGUCCUACUUGAUCCGCUACAGGACAGUGAGUAAAGUGGGAGUGAGUGAAGCCAGUGACACUGUCAGCACAGACAAAUCUUCAGCUAAAUUUAGGCCUGUUGGUGGGAACAGCGGAGCAGAGUUCGACUUUAUAGCAUCUUCUGGCAGCAUUUUCUUGAAGGAAAUCAGCAUCACUUUCUCUGAGGUGUGUAAAGAUUGUUUCGUUCAAACUAAUUAUUUUUGAUUCUAAU